AGUACAAUUGACUUUCAACCACACAUCUGGCGAUGUAAUCGAAAUAUGCAUGCGCAAGCGCGCGGUGUUCAAGGUCAUCAUUGUCAAAAUUCCCUUGCAGUGAACAUGUAGCCACAAAGAAACAAGAGUAAAGAAAGAAUAACAAACACGAAUGAAUACAGAGAACAAAAAUUACGAACUCGUAUUGUUUUUUAUUUUUUCUCGUUUUAUUUGCGGUUUUGUUUAUUCUUUCUUCAGUUCAUUAGAGCUGCAAAGUGUGCGUCACCCAGCUUCACCGGGAGCCGCACUUGAACUGCCCCGCGAGUCGCAUGUCGGUUUGGCCACCUUUGAUCAUUAUAUUGAUAGAUCUGUUUACCAAAACUACUGCACUGACACACAAUAGAACAGCUGAUAGUUUAAAUUUAAGGUCAGAAAUAAAACGUUAAUAUCAUACAGGCAGACGACAAAGAAACCUGGAAGGGAAUAGGUCCUACAGAAAAUAAACAGAAUUGUGGUCCUCAUGCCCGAAGUUUGUAAUCUGAGAGAACUUGUACACAACACGUCAAACAUAACGCAAUGCCUUGUAUUUGCCCUUGUGAUUUUGGUUCAAUGGGCUAUUGUUAUUACGCACACGUACGCAAUGCUUUAGUAUAGAGUAGUGGACGGCUUUAUUUCUUCUUUGGUUUGUCUGGACUUGUUUCCCUGGCAACAAAUACACAGAGUUUUGUUACAACUUCUAUACAUCAGGACUAACACAGAGGGAACUGCAAAUUAUCUGCUUGUUUGGGUGCACACAUCAUAAGGAAUUGUCUUUCUUUCGUGAUACAGCACACACUGUAAGUCGCACCAUGUUGUCUGCAAGUAGAAGCUUUGCUCGUUUUGGACCAAGCCCCUCUGUAUCGGAGCUGAGAAACAGAGAGAGGCGUUUUGUUUUGGAUUGUGUGGCUGUCGACAGUAUAGCUAGGGACUAUAGCCAUUCUUUACCCAAACUGGGGUCUGUUAUCCCACCCUACAACCCCCAAGCAGACAAGAACGCGAAGGGGUACUUCAGAACGAAACCAGUCCCUCCUCUACUCAAGAGAACAGGUCAGUCUCGUGGUGGAACAUCGAUCCACGGUCGACUUGCUGAUCGCUUCAAUGAUCAUGGAGCUGCUGCCCUCUAUGUGACCAGAAGAAACACUACCGCAGGUUAUUCACGGGAGCAGGUGGAAGGCCAUUCCCAGUUUCUAUCCUCAGUCAGGCCUGUUUGUGGAUACAAUGGCCUGUAUGGAUUCAGGAGGAACACCCCUUCCCUGCGCAGGCUGCCUUCAGUCUUUGGAGUAGCUGAUCUCUAUCCAAUAUAUUAGACGCGGAGAGCGUUCAAUGAAGUAUACAGUAGGCAGGGCAGAGGUCAUUUCAUGUAACUAUUCAUUAUUAGGCAGCUAUGGCAAACAAGACCAAACCUUUACACAUGUUACUAAUUCAAAUCAAAAUAGGUGAGUGAAAAUAUGAGGAUGGUUUUGACAUGGCAAAAUUGACCACUUCUACUUUUCUCAGUCAACAGGUAUCGGGUUACUGUGCCAUGCUUUAGAAAUUAGACAGUCAUCAUGGGGGCUCUGCUUUAACCCUAUGUUGCUCAAAAAAAAAAACAUACAAUGAGAUUACCAGCAUAGAAAGUAUUCCAGCAUGUUACUGUAAACAUUUAAACAACUUUGUGAAUAAAACUAAAAGAAAAACACUAUCUGGACGCCUUAUAAUUGAUUGUCGCGUAUACUGGAUGAAAAGUGAGGGGUACAUGUAAAUAUACAUAUAUGGACGUAUUGGAUCAGUAAGAUAGGAAACAAAAUACCAUCAGAGUUUUUCAAAAUGUAGCUUCUGCGUUCAUUCUAAAGUUAGCCCAAGAUAAAAAGCACAACAAAAACAUCUCUACAUUAAUAUGACUAUUAUUUUCCAGUUCAUGCAGUACUACCUCUGCUGUGUGCACCAGCUUCAGGGCCCUUUGUGACACACAGUUUAGACAUAUAACUUGUUGCUGAUUUUACUUUCACCCUGUACAACAGUGUAACUCUCCACAUCUGAUCAGGAACAAGGAAGCAGGUAUUUUCUUCCCCGAGUUCAGGAAUGUUUCAAUGUUAUGUUCAAUCAUUUAAGUUUUUGUCAGUUUCCCAUAUGUUUCUGAUAGCUAUUUAUUAAAUCUCAAUUGCCUUAAAUGCUUUUAUAGUAAGAAGCACAA